GAUGUUUUCCCUGUAGACCUACAGGCUUCUGGUUGGAGCCAUAAGGAAACGAGAGAAAAAAUUAGCCUGUGUGUUUGUGUGGCUGUGCUCCAGUAAAUAUUUUGAUGCAUCUGCUGCCAGCUCUGGUCUGAGGGAAUCUACCUAGCAUUUAAAUUUUGAUGGGGAGCUGUUUUGAAUAAUAAGAGUGCAGCCGGCUGUGAGUCAGUGCAUGUGUGUGUUGACUGAAAGGGGGAGAAAAAAAUCUGAAAGCUUAACGCUUGCUGAACGCUCAGCUGCAGUGCUUUGCUUUUCCCUCCUCCUUUUUCUCCGAGUAGAUAUUCCAAACAGAUUUUUUUUGGGUGGUGGUGUUUCACUGGGAGGAGGGAGGGGAAGCAUAUUUUGUGUAGCCCCUCACCCAAGUAGCUGUUACAAUGGGUGCUGUAAUGGGCACGUUCUCUUCUCUGCAAACCAAACAAAGAAGACCCUCGAGAGACUUCGCCCGGUGGUAUUACCUGUCUCAGAGAGCAUAUACUAUCCCAAGGAAUCUGUUUUUAAAUAAAGUUGAAGAUGAAUUGGAAAUGACCACAGUAUGUUACCGGCCAGAAGGACUAGAACAACUUGAGGCACAAACCAAUUUCACAAAGAAGGAACUUCAAGUUCUUUACAGAGGAUUCAAAAACGAAUGUCCUAGUGGAGCUGUUAAUGAAGAGACGUUCAAACAGAUCUAUGCACAGUUUUUCCCACAUGGGGAUGCUAGUAUGUAUGCCCAUUAUCUCUUUAAUGCAUUUGAUACAGCACAGAAUGGAUCUGUGAAAUUUGAGGAUUUUGUGAUGGCACUAUCCAUUCUGUUGAGAGGAACAGUUCACGAAAAGCUACGAUGGACAUUUAAUCUGUAUGACAUAAAUAAAGAUGGCUAUAUAAACAAGGAGGAAAUGAUGGAUAUAGUAAAGGCAAUUUAUGAUAUGAUGGGCAAAUACACCUACCCAGUGCUGAAAGAUGAUGCUCCAAGGCAGCACGUAGAAGUUUUUUUCCAGAAAAUGGAUAAAAAUAAGGAUGGUGUCGUUACUCUGGAUGAGUUUAUUGAGUCAUGUCAGGAGGAUGACAAUAUCAUGAGAUCCUUACAGCUUUUUGAAAAUGUCAUGUAACAGCAAGCUGAGGAACAGCAUAGGAAUCUGAGACUUUAUAUGUAAUGAGACCCUGAAGAAAAUGAGUCAAGAUUUUUUCCCCGCCACCUUUUUUGAUGAAAGCUUUUUACUACUUGGACAUACUCAGCGUGCAAGGAUUUUAUAUGCCAUCGCAAACUGAGCUGUGUCUCUGAAUGCAACAAACUCCAUCUCGCCUCCCUCAAGAGACACUGAUUAGAAUUUAUUUCAUUUGGAAGCAUGCUAAUAAAACCUGACCAGAGAGACCUGCUGCUUAAAGUUUAAUGAAUUAUUGAAGUUUAAAUGAUUAAAACAAUAUUCAAGUUUCUGUUAGCUAAUCACAAAAGUUCUGCUGCUUUUGCUCUAGCAAGCUGGAUUGCAUAUGGUACCACAGCAUCAGUAGCUUGCUAUACAUCUGUUGUAAGCAGAAACUCUUUUUGUAUCAUCACAGGACAAACAGUUGUGCUUAUAUUUUGCUUUGACAGUGGGAUAUGUGCUAGAAAAACUCAUGCUAGUUUUGCAAAUGGACACAAAUCUAACAUGGUAAACGGCCAGCAAGAUUAAUUUAGGUCCUGUCUUGAUGAUCAGUUUGUAGUCAACAAAAGCAAAGGAAAUGCUUCCUGUUCAGAGACAGAUACUGCAUUUCCCCAGAACUUAAAAAGGCAACAGACUGCUGCUAGGGAAAUGAUUUAUUUCCCCCACUGGCAAAGCUGUUGUAAGCUGGAGGGCUUUCAGCAGUUGGCUGUUUCCUAGUGUCCAUGGUAUCAAUAAUAAAAAGUGAUGCAACUCCAUCCUCACCACAUAGCCAUUUGAUAUAGCAACUCGUAACACCAAUGCUCUGCCUGCAAAGAGGGGACUCGCUGAGAGCUGGAACUGACUCUUCCUAAGACAAAGCUUGGGGAAGCCUCUUGUCAAGUUUUACCACCAACACCUCCAUAGGAAGUCUUCCCACUUUGCCACAAGGUAGGACUCCAAAUCAGCUAUGCUGGUGGAGGCUGAUGAGUGUUGUAGUCCAAAAUAUCUGGUGGGCACUGGGUUAGGGAAAGCUGUUUCGGAUGAACUUGGUGAUGUGGGAAGAAGGUGAAAUUCAAAGGCGUGUGCACAGACACAUAUUUGCCUUGGAACUGCCAGUUGUUAUGGGAGCCCUCCUCCUCCUUCAGGCUGUGUUCUCUUUCCCACGCAAUAGGACACAAAUUAUCCAGCAUGGGAAUAGUACCAGCAAUGCCACUUCUACAACUGCCCACUCCCAUUGUACUACAAUCCCAUAUAUGGAUUGUUUUGUGCUCUACUGCCUCUGGACUGAGAUCUGAAGGGUUAUUUCACAAUGCCAAGAAUGCAGUUGAGGCGUGCUUGCAGCUGAUUGUCUUGACAUGCCCAACUCAUAACUUACUUCCCUUCUGUUCUUAAAAACUCAUACUUGUGUCCCCUGCCGUCGCUCUGACUGACUCCAGUGAAGUUUCUCAUUGUGCAUACAAGUGAAUGAAAUUCCUCAUAGUUCAUCUGAGUCGAGAGAAUCAGAUAAAAGCAGAGUUUACUUUUGCAGGCAAAAUCUGAAGCAUAUUCUACAAAAUAUACUGAGCUUUGAUAAGUUUCCCCCAUUGCUUUCAUCGUUUUGAAAGGUGCACAGUCCAAGGCCAAAGCUUCCAUAGCGUUUAAAGGGCUGGAAUAUUAAAAGUCAUAAGUUUUUUCACAUUCAUUCUCCCUAGUGCACACUGCAGUGAAAUGUGGGAUCAGCAGACAGUGCUGGACAUUGUUUUGCACCGUACCAAUUUAACAUGGAAUGCUAACAGCCUACCAAGUAGUCCCUACCCACUACUCAGGCCCCACUCAGCCCCCCUGAAAUGAACUGAGAUCAUGCACAGUUUCCCUGUGUAUUGUGCCUAGUUUUCAAGCACAAAAGCAAGCACGAUGCUCUGUGUGCACUAAAACAUGCACCAUUUGACCAUUUAAAGUAGCUGGAGUCCUGAGCCAAUAUGAAGCACACACUGAUUUCACUGAGGCUGGGAGCACUAGCUUGCAAAACAAUGAGGUUGUUUAAGAGCAAGAUAAAGAGCAGGGGGAUUUUGAAGUAUUUUAAACCAAUUUAAUGGUUUUGUUCAAAGCAUCUACUUUUAGUGGGGGUGGGGAGGUUUUUUUGGGGGGGGGUAAUCUGAAACUUCCAUUGGAAGAAAAUGACAAUAGUUGUAAAGUAAAAUUUUAUGGUGACUAUUUCAAGAUUUUACAGUAUUUCCAAUUAUACACACCAUUCAUAUUACAUGUCCCAAAUCCAGCUAAAGUUAUCUGUGUGGUGUAAGGCACAAUCAUAUGUAUAUUUUCUUGGGAGUAAGCCCAUUGAGUUCCAGUGGAGUUUAAUCUGAUAUAACGUGUUUAGGAUUGCAGCCUAAGGUGACAAUCCUGAACAACUUGCUUGGAAGUAAAUUCUGUUGAGACCAUUGGACCUUGCUUCCAAGUAAACCUGGUUAAGAUUUAAGCCCCAUUUGCCUUCAGUAUCACUUAGUCAUGGCUAACUUUACCUGGACUGGGAUGAGAACAGUUUCUCCACACAACUGUAACCAUUUGGUUUGGUAGGAAGUUGCAGUCACUGCCUGUGCCUUCUACAAGCCCAAAGAGCUCCUGCCAGUACAUUUAGUACAAGAGGAUACACUCUAGAACAUGAGGAUAUUUUGCUUGGGAUAGGAUCCAACUGUUUGCUAUCAUGUAUAACCCUAGCUGGGUAGUCAGUACUGAAAGAAAUAACAGAAAAUUAAUCUCCAUAGUUAUACAAGAGCCAGUUCUUCAUUUAAGUCCCCAUGCUAGAAAAAUAAGAUGCAUGUUUUAAAUAAUUACUAAAUUAGUAAAUUUAGAGAUUAGUGCCAGGACCUUGUUUGGCUGCCUGCAAGUGCCAUGUGUCCUGAUUUGCCGCAAGGCCUAGGAAAGUUCGUAGCCUAGAGAAAUUACUGGCUGUGGACAGAAGAAAUAAGAAAGGGCAGGAAUGUAUUGGGUUACACUGCACACACACUGACCAUCAGAUUUCCAGGAAAGUGUUACAGAUAUUUUUUACAAACAGAUUACAUGUUGUUGGCAAUCAAAUAUAUUUUAAAUAUGACACCCAUAGUUUUAUAUUUUAUAAAUCACAUUAACUGUAACGCCUAAACUUAUAUAGAAAUCAAUAUAGCUAGUGUAACUGGAUUUGUGAUGUGACAGGUUUGUUCACAAUAAGAUACUGUCCUUUAAACCUUGAAAAACUGGUUUGGAAUACCCAGCCUCCACUGACUCUCCAUUACCUGAUUGUUUUCAGUCCUUGCUCCCCAUUCCUUAAAAGAUCCAGUGGUUUGUAUUCCAAACCGUGAUCCCUGUAUAUGUGCAGUAUGUACAGAGGCCUGUAGCAUCCCUAGUUCAAUAGGGAGCUUUGUGUGCAAUGUGGUGCUGGUUCCUAUCGAAAAGGCCAGGGCCUUUUUUACAAGCUAAAAUCCUGGCAACCAGUCCCCUUGCUUUAUCUUCCUUGUCAACUAAACUUUUCCCCCCCAUUUUUAAAAAAGAACUAUGCAUGAAACACUGACUGAUUUGCCCACUCUCCACUAGUUGGAAGUGACUCAUAGUGUUUUCCAUUUUAUGAUGUGGAAGAGACUGUAGGUUUGGAAUAUGGGGAAAACUCAACUUCUGCUUUAAUUAUUAUUUAUUGUUGCAGGAUAAAGUAAAUCUCCUGAGCCUCUUCUCCCAGGAUGGAGACCAUGUGGUCAUCCCAGAUGUUGUUGGACUGCAGCUCCCAUAAUUCCUGACCGUUAGCCAUCCUGGCCAGGACUGAUAGAAGUUGGAAUCCAAUAGUAUCUGGAGAACCACAUGUUUCCAUCCCUUCUCUAGUCCAGUUCCCUAGUUCCCUAUUCUAAAAUGGGGUGUACGAAUUACCAAAAUAUCAUAUAACAUCUUUUAUAGCACGUUUUCCUCAAAUGUUUUGAAUGGGGGAUUUUCUCACAAAGCCAAUUUCAGCUUCAGAAAAAGGGCUUUCCUUAGGAUCAUGGUAGAUGUCAAAUCUACUUUUGCCCCAACACCUACUUCUAAACUUACUGUACCUAUGAAGCACCCCAGCUAGUUGGCAGCCAUUUCACAAGCCGAUAAAUGCACAGCACCAGCCUGCACAGCUCUCUCUCUCUUUGUGUGUAAAAGUCUGAGGGUUGAGGCACUAAUUCAACUGUGACAUUUUUAAAAGAACUAAGAGGACAUCUUAGUUUUCCUGUUAAAACUGCUUCUGGGAGACUGACUCUACCAACUUCAGCACCUCCCUCCAUUGGAUCCUCACCUACCACCCAAAUUAGGGGUACUGCAAUCCCCCAAAUUUGAAAAUUGUACUGAUUGAAUGAUAAAAUAAGUCUAAAUCUGUAAACAAUAGUAGUUCAGCUAAGUCUACAUCCACCACACACACACACACAAUGUAAAUUAAAACUUGUGUUAUUUGUGCUUACCACCUUCUGAGUCCACUUUAACCGUUUGGUAAAGUAGACUAAGGUUUGUGGGAGCGCAUGACAUUAUUAGGCUACUUGGAGCACAAUGCUAUGCAUGUUUCCUCAGGAUCAGGGGUGUCUUUAGCAUAUGUGGCGCCGGGAUGCAAAAAACAGGGGGGGCAGGCCAAAGUUGUUGAGGUUUUGUAGGGGGGCAGCUCAGAGCUUUUUGGGGGGCACACAACUGUCCCAUGCUCCUGCGGGAGGAAAGCAAACCCCACAGCUUGGGAGGGAAGCUACGUGCCUUGUGUGAGCAGUGUAUGUACGCUGGGUGGGCCUCUCAACGGCCCACCAAUCCCAGGCACCCAGGAGGGCGGAGCCGGCCAGCUGCCUCAGUGCCCACAGCAGAAAAGCCUGCGGCACUCUGACGGGCUCUGUGCCGCUCAGCAGCGGCUGUCGGCUGGCCUGGCUCUUCAAUCCCGGACUCCAAAUCUCGGCCACGGACUCUAGGCCUGGCGCCCCUGAGAGCCCGCACCCCUAGCACCUAUGGGUAAGCAGGCCCUGCUCAGAAUUAAGUCCCAUUGUGUUCAGUGGGACAUUCUCUGGGGUGAGUAUGCACAGGAUUGCAGUCAUUAGUGCAUAUGCUUUUUCAUGCACUGGAACUAAUGCUAUAAAAUGGAAGUUAAUGUAUGUAACCAGCAAAAAUGAGGACAAUGUUGAACUUUGGCACAAGCACUAGGAAUGAGGCUGUGGUGUCCUGUCCUUUCCCUUCCCUGCAGUGAUCAGUCUAUUAGCACUACCACAGUGUUUCUCCUGGCUAAAAGCUAACCCAACCCAACUCCAAAUACAGUAUUUUGCCAAUUAAGUUAAUUUGCUCAAUUUUGUUAGCUUGUUCAACAUGUUAUGCCACAAGGAAGCUCUUGCAAGUCAAAGGGAGCUGCCAUGGAUAGAGGUUACAUGUGGCAUGGCCACCCAAUAGCACAGUGGUUCUGCUCCUGCUCCUCUUGACAUCAGUGACAAAAACUCAGUGACUCCAGUAGACUUUUGUGGGACAAAAUUGAUGGUUCAAAUGGAGUAAAUGUCUCCCAUCUGCAAUUAAGGUUACUAGUGGCCAUGGUAGCAGGAACUUAUCAUGUUGCAUUUUUACUUUUUAUUUUAUUUUAAGGUAUACUGUAAAAAGAGACUGAAGCCAUUCUCUCCCUUGUUACUAUCGCUUAACUGUGAUGAUGCCAGGGUCCUUAAUAAUCCAGUCUUGUUUGUUGGCUUGUUUUCCAUCUGAACCCUUUUAUUGUGUUGAAGAAGGUCUCACCCAUGGACUGAACCUGUGAAUAGAGCAUGCAGCCUGACUAUUAAGUAAAGAAAACAGAAAAAAGUAUCAUUCGUGGUAAUGCCAUUUAUUAUCAGGAAAUGGGCUCAUGGGAAUGAGUGCAAAUCAGCCAAAAGUAUGCAGUACACCAGAGGAGAAAAAGCCAGGCAUCAGCUUAAAACUAUUACUGAACUCCAUGUUCAAAAGUGCUUUAAAAAAGCUUAACUUGGUCUGGAUCAUCCCAAUCUUUGUAAGCAUUCUGGAGCUCAAUAGCCUGAUCAUUUUUCAUAAUUGCAAUAUUCAUGGCAAUGACUUGAUAAUAAGAGAAAAUACUGUGAUAAAUUGGUUUUGCAUCAUCCUGAAUUUUACCAGCAUUAUGUAGAAUGUAGUUCUUGGGCUAGGUUUCUAAGUUUUAAAAUGUCAAUGUUCUCCACUGUACAAAUCUGCUCAUAACUGUAGUUGUUUCAGCAAUGUCCAAAAUGUUUGUCUGACCAAUAGUUAAGAGUUAUUACAAUUGUGUCAGAAGUACUUUUUCUAAAUGUUGUUUAUAUGCAUUUCAGCAGUUCAUUAAAAAAACCAGAAAGGAGAAUGAUGAUGAUGCAAAAAAUAAAAAUAAAUCAAUGUAUCUGCUACUGUUGAUGUUAAGUUUUCCUGUUACUCAUUGCGAUCCCAUGAGUAACCCUGAAUAAUGCUGAUUGUAAGAUUUCACAGGUGAUUUACUAAAUGUUCAGUUGGAAUGACAGAUUAAUGGCAUCCCUGAAAGUUUGUCAUGUUACAAACAAACAAACAAAAAGCAUUUCUAACUUGUUGACAUAAGAAAUAUGAUUCAUAAGAGUGCAGUGGUGUUACAGCUUUUUCCUUCCAUAGCUUUUAAGCACAUCAGAAAAUUAACAAAAUUUCAUGGUAAGUAAAGCCAUUCUGUUGAAGCAGCAAUGCAUAGCUUCACUUUCACAAAUAUUAUGAUCAAACAGCAAUUUGUAUAAUAUUUUGUUGAACAUUUUCAAAGAUUUUGGUUUUAAUAAUAAAAAAUAUAAUAUGUA